AUGGAGAAAAAACCUCAAACCAUCCUCUUCCUACUACUUGUCUUCAGUUUUGGUGCAGCUCAAAAUAGCACCGCACGUAAGGUAGAAGAAUUCCAUGUAGGGGUGAUCCUUGACUUGGGUUCAUUGGUGGGGAAAGUAUCACGAACCAGUAUUUCACUGGCUGUGGAAGACUUCUAUUCAGUCCACCAAAACUACAGGACGAAGUUAGCCAUUCACAUCAAGGAUUCCAUGGGCAAUGAAGUCCAAGCUGCUUCAGCAGCUAUUGACUUGCUGGAGAACUACAAAGUGCAAGCCAUCAUUGGCCCCCAGAAAUCAUCUGAAGCUACAUUCAUAUCUAAACUUGGGAGUAUAAAACAAGUACCUAUUAUAUCCUUCACAGCAACAAGCCCUGCUCUCACUCAUGAUAGUUUCCCAUAUUUCGUCCGUGCAACAUUGAACGACUCAGUUCAAGUGAAUGGUAUUGUCUCUCUUAUCAAAGCCUAUGGAUGGAGAGAGGUGGUGUUAGUAUAUGAUGACACUGAAUAUGGGAGAGGCAUUCUACCACACCUUGUCAAUGCCCUUCAACAGAUUGAUGCUCAUGUUCCAUAUCGCAGUGCAAUCCCUUUGUCAGCAACAAGUGAAAACAUAAUGCAAGAACUCUACAAGUUAAUGGCAAUGCAAACAAGGGUAUUUAUCGUUCAUAUGUCAUCAACUAGGGCCUCUCUUAUCUUUACAAAGGCUAAGGAGGCAGGGAUGAUGGACAAAGGAUUUGUGUGGAUCGUUACAGAUGGAGUAGCAAACAUCGUCGACUCACUCAAUCUGUCUGUCAUUGAGGCAAUGAAUGGUGUAAUAGGAACAAGAUUUUAUGUUCCCAGAUUACAAGAACAUGAUACUAGUUUCUUAAUAAGAUGGAACAGAAUGUACCGGCAAUUUAAUCCUAAUGAAUUGCCACUUGACAAGCCAAGCAUAUUUGGACUAUGGGCCUAUGAUACAGUUUGGGCAUUAUCACAGGCCGCAGAAAAGGUUGGAGUAUCCAGAAAUAAAAAUAAGAGAUUGCAGUCCAGUAAAAAUAGUACGAGCUUGGACUUGUUGGCAGUUUCCACAGAUGGUCCAGAGCUCCUAAAAGAAAUUUUACAUAACAAAUUCAGAGGCUUAAGUGGAAACUUUGACCUUACUGACAGACAACUACCGGUUUAUGCACUACAAAUAAUAAAUGUGGUUGGUAGAAGCUGGAAACAUAUUGGGUUUUGGACUUUGAAAAAUGGACUUUCUCGACAGUUAAAUCAAAAUGGUUUGAAAAUAACAGGGCCAGCCUCAAUGCUUGAGCUAAAUCCAGUAAUUUGGCCUGGAGAAUCAACAGAAAUACCAAGGGGAUGGGAAAUUCCAGCAAGUGGCGAUAAGCUUAAGGUUGGUGUGCCCACAAGUGCAUAUCCAGAGUUUGUACAGACAUCAAAGGAUCCUGUCACGAAUGCAACAAGAGUAGUUGGGCUUUCAAUAGACAUAUUUGAGGAGGUAGUAAAGAGGCUACCCUUUGCACUUAGCUACGAGUACCAAGCAUUUGAUACAAUUGAUGCAACAAGUUCAACAAGUUAUAAUGAUUUUGUUCACCAAGUUUAUCUUCAGAGAUAUGAUAUAGCAAUUGGAGACAUAACAAUCAUAUACAGCAGAACACCGUAUGUUGACUUCACGAUUCCAUACACAGAAUCAGGUGUGGGAAUGAUUGUCCCAGUCAAGGAAACAGUGAAGAAAAACAUCUGGAUUUUCUCAAAACCACUAAGCAAAGGAAUGUGGUUUGGAAGCAUCAUGUUCACUAUGUACACAACAAUUGUUGUCUGGAUAUUAGAGCAUCUAAAUGGCAACACACAUCUACAUGGUCCAUUUUCACUCAGACAACUGGAGAUUCUGAUGUCUUUCUCCAUAUUUGAAGAGAAGGAAAAGCUGAAAUGCAUUCUGUCCCGAUUAGUUCUACUUGUAUGGAUGUUUGUUUUUCUGGUACUUGCAUCAAGUUAUACAGCAAGCCUUGCAUCAAUGCUUACUGUACAACAGCUUUCACCAAUGUUUACUGACAUUCGUGAACUCCAAAAGCAAGGAGGAUAUGUAGGAUUCCACCGAGGUUCCUAUAUAGAAGGUCUACUGGUGGAUAUUGGUUUCGAUAGAUCAAAAAUAAGAUCUUAUGCUCCUGACGAGUUUCGCAUUGCUCUUUCUAAUGGAGGCGAACAUGGUGGUGUCGCUGCACUUGUUCUUGAUGUUCCAUACAUCAAAUUAUUUCUUGCCAAGUACUGCAGAGGUUACACAAUGGUUGGACCUAUUUACAAGAGUGCAGGGUUUGCAUUUGCACUUCCCAAGCGAUCUCCACUGCUUGCGGAAAUAUCAAGGGCGAUCAUCAACAUAACAGGAGGAGAUACUAUCAUUCAAAUCGAAAAGAAAUGGAUUGAUCAAAAUGAUUGUCAAAAUGAGGAAAAAAUAGAUGGCUCAGACAGUGCUAUCACUUUCGACAGUUUUGGGGGAUUAUUCCUACUAACUGGAUUUGUGACAACCUGUUCCAUUCCUGUAGCAUUGCUGAUGAAUCACUAUAAAAAAGAUCAACAAAAGGUACUGACCAAACAAGAUGAGCCGAAUAAUCAAAGAUAUGCGCAAAAAGGAGAAAAUAGCCAUAUUCAAGAUGGCAAUGAAGGUAAUGAAGAAAAUGGAGACUGCGGAGACAUAGAUAAUCAAGGUAGAAUAUUGGUGCCUCAUAGUCCAAACAGAAAUGGUGACCUGCUAGGAGAUUGCACACAGAAUAACAGGGUGACAGCGACAACUCAUUUCGGUUCAGAUUUCAUUCACAUGGAGGGUGAAGCUAGUAUGUCACAAAGUUGCUCUUAG